AUGGCUCAUCCCAUAUAUGAAGCAGCACUUGCACUGGAAAUUGGCCUCUUUCUUAGUUAUUUAUCCUGGGCUUUCGGUCUGGUCCUAGCAAACAGCAGGUCCUGGCGUGUGUGCGAAUUUGACAGCACCAUCGUUCCCGUCGUGUUCAUUGGACUUUGGGAAGCUUUUUAUUUUCAAAUUUUUAACAUCUGUGGUUCUCCGGUUGAGUUGCCAGUAUACAGUCAGAUCAACAUGAGCUGGGUCAUUUCCAGUGAAAUUGCGUACGGCCAGGACCUGAUGUUGCUGGAUAAUUUUAUGAAAUCAGUAGCCCUAGUUUUCAGCUCGGUGGCCCUUUUGGUCAGCUGGAUCGAUGGCCCGUACCCAGACUUCCUCCGAUCAUGUUACAACAAGGCCGCCAUCUUUCUUUUCCUCAGUUGUGCUUGUACCGUAGCUACAGUGAGUUGGAAUUUUGCUGUGGACUUUUUUGGCCAAACCACCCUUAACUUUCCACAAAACUUUCCUAUUGAUAAAGAUAUACUAAUGAGGAAAUGCCUCUCCUAUGUGUUCCCACUAGGAAUCAUGACCGCUUUCCUGUCACUAAUAGGUUCUACCAUGUUCCUCUACAAACAACCCAAUUUAAAAAUGGACAAA